GCUCGAUUGCUCUUGUCUGGCGGCGGCAGCAUGGCGGCGGGGGCGGUUGAGGCGGCGGCUGCUGUUGUGGAGGUCGGCUCAGCCGGGCAGUUUGAGGAGCUGCUGCGUCUCCGAGCCAAGUCCCUCCUUGUAGUCCAUUUCUGGGCACCAUGGGCUCCACAGUGUGCUCAGAUGAACGACGUGAUGGCAGAGCUAGCCAGGGAACACCCCCAGGUCUCAUUUGUGAAGUUGGAAGCUGAAGCUGUUCCUGAAGUAUCUGAAAAAUAUGAGAUUAGUUCUGUUCCCACCUUUCUGUUUUUCAAGAAUUCUCAGAAAAUGGACCGGUUAGAUGGUGCCCACGCCCCAGAGUUGACUAAAAAGGUUCAGCGACAUGCGUCUAGCGGCUCCUUCCCACCCAGUGGUAAUGAGCACCCGAAGGAAGACCUCACCCUUCGCCUGAAGAAGUUAACUCACGCUGCCUCCUGCAUGUUGUUCAUGAAGGGGACUCCUCAGGAGCCGCGCUGCGGUUUCAGCAAGCAGAUGGUGGAAAUUCUUAACAAACAUAAUAUUCAGUUUAGCAGCUUCGAUAUCUUCUCAGAUGAAGAAGUUCGUCAGGGCCUCAAAACCUAUUCCAAUUGGCCCACCUAUCCCCAGCUCUAUGUUUCUGGAGAGCUCAUAGGAGGACUUGAUAUAAUUAAGGAGCUAGAAGCAUCUAAAGAACUAGAUACAAUUUGCCCCAAAGCCCCCAAGUUAGAGGAAAGGCUCAAAGUACUGACAAAUAAAGCUUCUGUGAUGCUCUUUAUGAAAGGAAACAAACAGGAAGCUAAGUGUGGCUUCAGCAGACAGAUUCUGGAAAUACUAAAUAGUACUGCUGUUGAAUAUGAGACAUUUGAUAUCUUGGAGGAUGAAGAAGUUCGGCAAGGAUUAAAAACUUACUCCAAUUGGCCGACAUACCCUCAGCUAUAUGUGAAAGGGGAGCUUGUUGGAGGACUGGACAUCGUGAAGGAACUGAAAGAAAAUGGUGAGUUGCUGCCUAUACUGAAAGGAGAAAAUUAAUAAAUGUUAGACUUGGUGCCCAGCUACUGCAAGAAAGACUUCAUUCCAGUGGAGCAGUUCAUGAUUUAGUCCUCAGAAGUGGGACUAGGAAUAGAAAAUGCUCGUCCCCGGUUACGCUUUGUGUAUUUCACAAGGUUGUGCUAAAUAAACGUAUAUGACUUUUUUCCACCAAAAAUAGAAUGCAAUAAACACCUUCAAGUUCAGUUAAAAAUCAUUGUGAAAAAA